AUGCACCUCCACUCUCUCUUUUCAGCGCUUACGCUGGCGAGCCCUGCGCUCGCUGCUUCAAUCCCUCGCAGCAGUAGCAGCAGCAGCUCAUCGUCUUCAACUACCACCGUCUGGGCGACUCCCCACGAUAGCUACUCAUCCUCCGUCGGCGUCCUGGGCUGCAAGGUCGACACCAAUCGAAUCGCUUACUGGCCCAAUUCCGUCGACUGCACCAACAUCUGCGUGUCUCUUUCGUACCAGGACCGACAGGUCUACCUCCUUCGCGUCGACCAAUCGCAGGGCGCGCACGACAUCAGUUACGAUGCCUGGAAUUACCUCGUUACCGGCUAUUCAGCCACGGAAAAGCCCGUUGCGGGAGGGCCCAUGGAAAUGACGACGGAAAACGUCGAUGCGUCCAAAUGUGCCGAUCUGAUUUACACAGCGGGCGGCAAGCUUCCACUGAGUGCGGCGAACAGCAUGAACUUCCUGGCCAGCUGUCUGGAGCAGGAGAAUUCUUGGGUUGGAGGCAACUACGUUUUAUACAACAUCUUGGAUUCGAUUUGCACCUUUGGACAAGACCAGGUCUGUUCUUUAGACUGGCCCACUGCCAACCAGCCAACCUGUCCAGGCACCCUAGGCAUCCCCGACAAACUCAAAGGCGAUCCCGUCUACAACAUCGAGUAUCCCUCCGGCGUCAAGGUCCUUGCCGGAGCACCACCAACCGUACCAACUGGAGUACCUGUUCCAGUACCCGCGCCUUCUGACAACGAGAGCGAUGAGAAGAACGUUGCACGGAGUCUAAGGCAUCCAGAUUCUCUCGUCUGGAUACCAGUCCUUUCAUUAAUUGCUAUUAUAUAUUCUUGGAUGCUGUGGUAA